UAUAUCGGACCGAUUAUUGCACCUCUCUGAAUCUUGAAAGGAAGAAGAUGUGAAGAAACUCUUUGCAUUGAAAAGCAUUGAAGUUUUAGAUGCCAUAUCCAUCGCCUGAUGUGCCAGGGCACAAGACUGAAGUUCAAAAUUUUUUUUGAGUUGUACCAUUGAUAUUAUCGAAAAUGGACAGUGAUGAGGAAGAUCUCGAAGCACUUAGGCAAGCUGCCCUCCUAUCAUUGAAACCGAAGCCCGAGGAUCAACAAAUUGGCUCAACAACAAUAUCUGCGUCCCCCAAGGAUAGUGUGCAAAGUGCUGAUGCUGGUGAAGAAGAAGAAGAUGACGAAGAGGAAUAUGUGCCCUGUAAUAGCAUCAGCCAGCUGGUAAGCGUUGGUAUUGAUGAUGAGCCCUACUCUCCCAGUAGACCGGCUAUGGUGAAUGGAAGGCCGCGAGAUCCAGCUAGCACUGCGGCUGGCUUGCUGCGAGAGCCCAGUGCUGACAAUGAGCAAGAUGUGGACGAUCUGAGAAGGGCUGCUCUUCUCUCAACAAAGAAUACAUCCGUGCAAGUGGACAAGGAUGUGAUGACAAAGACCAACCACUCUCCAAGGGAUACCAAACCAGAUGUCUUGUUGGAUAAAGGGGAUGAUCGUGAAGAGCUGGAUCUACUCUACGGUGACCUCAACUUCAGUUUGCUAAACGAAGAUGAAGGUGAAGCCGAUAGGCCCAAACCCAAGGAAAAGCGGCCGGUGCAAAAUGAAGUGAAGCCGUUCGUGCGUGAGCAGCGGCCGGAUUUGAAGGGUAGUCAAGCACACGCCUCUGCUAUGAGAAAAAGUCAUGACAUGCAGCACUUGCUCCGGGGCGAGCAAUCACUCAAGCACCACCACCAGCAGCAACAGCAACAGCAGCGCUCAUCCAGCGGGGCAGUAGCAAGAGGUACCGGUUCGACAUCACCACUCUCGGUAGUAAUCAAUACUCAGUGCUAUAAGCCUUUGCCAUGGCAGGACCCAUCCAACUCUCUUGCUGCUGCUGCUGCUGCUGCUGCCGCUGCUGCUGGCGCACCUGGAAGCAUUCCCGGUUGGCUACCUCCCCCUUCCUUGUUACCACCAGCUCUGUUCCACCUCCAACAGCUGGCAAACAAUUCCGUCAUGUUGUCGCAGCAGCAGGCUCGACACCACCCUCGUUCUGAUGCCUCAAUGCCUCCGUCCAGGGAAGGACAUCGCAGAUCUAGUCGCCGUCCUCCUAGCCCGCAAGACCGGCCCUACACUGACAGAGAUCGGCAUUCGCAUGAGCCACGCCAUUCGCAUGAGCCUCGCCAUUCGUCCUCUCACAGUUACCGGCACCGCUCUCAUGAGAGAUCUCCAUCGUAUCGGGAAUCCGGCUCUUAUAAAAGCUCAAGAGAUUAUGAGCGAGAUUAUCAAUCACGUUUCAAGAGAUCAGACUAUUAUGACGAUCCUUCUCGCCACCGCCGCCACCGCUCGCCCCACUAUCGUUAUUCCCCACCAGCUGACAGGAGAUACAGUCAUCAUUCUGACGAUGACAAGUACGGACAGCCAAGACGACAAGGGUCUUCGUAUCUCGUAAGUGCAGCAGAUAGUUCUGAUGGCGGUGGAGAGCACAAUGCCAGCAGUCAUGAACGGCACUCGCAGCACUCCAAGAAGCACCGCCACCACCAACACAGCGGCCAUCAUCACCAUCGCCAUCGACACGUGUGUAGUCGACACCAACGACAGCGCGAUUCCGAUGAUGAUGGCGGGGACAAGUCACCGUCGAGAUCACGCCAUUCGUCUCACACCAGAUCACCGCUACGUGAGAGUAAGCGAAAAAGACACAACAAGCAAAGACAUUCCCGUCACACUUCAAGAUCAAAAUCACCUCGAGCCUCACCCAGUCCGAAAUCUAGUGAAAGCACGUCUGGUGAUAGUGAUGGAGAUGAUAGUGAUGGAGAUGAUGCAUCAUCCACUAGCAGCAGAAGUAGAUCUCCUUCUACAGAUGUACCGGUAGAGGAGAAUGCUGUAACAGCAGCUGCUGAAUUGUCAAGUAAGGAGGAGGCUGUGGUGCCACCGCUGCCGUCACGAUCACCAUUGCGCUCAUACAUUACAAGACCAAAUAGGGGUGUCUCUGUCACUACAGGGCAAGAUGCAACACUAGAAUGCGGUGAAAAAACCUCAACGCAUGGAAGUGCAGACGUGAUUGAUGUGCAUCAUUCAAGCAGCAGCGAUAAUUCUGCUGUAGCAGGUGAGGAUGAAAGCGAGGAUGGCAACAGCAGUGAUAACAGUGAUACAAACACACAGGCUGUUUUCACCAAACCCCUGGCAAUGUCACCGCCGCGAUCUCAUCAAUACCCCCGACGGCGUGUGCAGCAUGUACGUAGGGGUCCAACAGCACACCGCCGCGUUGCAUACCACCGGUGAUGCUGACAUUGCUGCUACUACUGUCUGCUGCUGUCUGCUGCUGCUGUGCUGCAGCUUUCUGUGCAAUGAUGGCCUUAUCUUGUCACUCAGUCACUGCCCCUGAGAUUGUACUGUUUACAAUCCUGCUCUAGUUUUAGCUCAGUGAUGUACUCUUCUUAACCCCCCCCCCCCCCCCCAAACCGCUGUAUUGUGAUUUUCUCCAGCUUAAUAAAUAGUCCGCGCUACGCUUUGUUGAAGUUUUAUGAAACCCGCACAGUACUCUCCCCGUUGACGCAACAGGCAUACUUGCCACCCGCUUGACCAGUUCAGUUGAGUACUGUCAGCACCUUUCUUAGCCACAUUUCAUGCAUUCGAGUGUUGUAUGAACCAUGAACUAACUUGCACCGUGUGCAUGCACUUCUA